GAGACAAUUUGUCAAAAUUUACAAUAACUUUGCAACACGUAGUAGAUUUUAAAAGAUUUGUGAACGUUUAAUAAUUAAUUCGGUAGAAAAAAAAUCACCAUGCCCACCAGUGAUAGUGACGAUUUUGAGAGUGCUGAUGAGGGUCAAAACAGCCCACAAAAGAAGGAGAGAAAGAAGCGAUUAUCUUCGUCAAAUUAUAGCGAUAAUUUAGAAUCAGAUCAGGAAAACAGGAAAGGCCAAUCAAAAACAUAUUCAGAGCCUAAAAAAGUAGUUGAAACAACAGAUGGUUGGGAUGAUUUUGACAUCGAUGAAGGUUCUGAAAUUACAAAAGUUAGCUCAGAAAAGGAUACUUCAGGGCCAAAAUGUGAAAAUACAACAAAAACCUUGAAUGCCACAACCUCAAAUACUGACAAGGGAGCUAGCAAUGAUUCAGGCUGGACUGAUUUUGACGAUUGGGGGGACACAGACAUACCUAAAACUGGCAAGGAAGAUACUACCAAACAACCUGCUAAGAACAUAGAAGAAGUGACGGAACGGUUAGCGGCAACAUCUACAGCGACUUCAACAAAGAAUGAAGGUUGGGGCUGGGGAUGGGGCAUGGACUCUAUACUGAGCACAGCCACUGCUGGCAUCACCAAUCUCACCACACAAGUUUCACAGGGGAUUUCAACAGUCUUAGAAACUAGUAUUGGGGCACCAGACCCUGAAGAACUUGCCAGAAAAGCUUCUCAAAGUGUUGAAAAUAAAAAUAAAGGCGAGGACAGUGUACCAAAAGAUACUAACAAAGAUAAACAGGAAGAAAGUACAAAUAGUGAUGCGCAAUUUCCAUUUGGAAGCCUUUUAUCUGGUGUUACAAAAUUUGUGGAGACAACUGGUACAAAAGUCUUAGCCGGAGGUUUAGAUACUCUUGAGACGAUUGGCAAGAAGACUAUGGAAGUACUCCAAGAUGGUGACCCAGGGUUGGCUAAGAAACGAGCAAUGCUCGGUCUGGAUUCAGCGGAUAAGCCAGUACUGUCUCAAGUGCUGAGAGAAGCAAAGGCUAAAGCUGAUGAGGAAGACAGGAUUAAAGAACAAAAGAGGGAGGCCAAGGAGGUUCAUUAUGAGACAUUGUUUGAUGAUUUUGAAGGCUUGGUACACUUGGAGGCGUUAGAGAUGCUAUCAAGACAGGUCAGCAUGAGGAUAGAGGAGAGGAUUCGUGCAGCCGACCCCAGUAAGAGACAAGACAUUAAAGAGACGUUGCAGCAAGUUGCCGAGCUAUGUGAGAUGCCGGAGGAGGAUGAUGAUGAGGAGGAGUCAGGAGACACUUCGCGGCCUGACGCGUUGCACGAGCGCCUGCAGACCGCCACCAGGGACAUCGGACUGAAGAUGCAAUAUCAACCUCUUAUCAAACAUUAUAAAGAGACAUUGGAAUGGUUAUCAACCGGUGACAUAUCAUCACGCGCAGUAUACAAGCGCGGGGUGAGCAGCUUGGCGCAUGCCACCGCGCUCGCUGUGGAAACCUACCAUAAGACUGCGGAAAUGCUGCUGGUGAAGACACGCCGCUCUACUGCUGAUGAAGCUGACGCACUCACACAAAUGACAGUAGUGAUAACAAAGCACAUAGGUGAUAUAGCGACACUGUUCACCGCGAGGCUGAACUCCAUCACCGAUGAGGACAAGGAGCAAGUCAGCAAUCACAUCACCAAUAUAUUUUUAGAGGCCGAUAACAGUUGCAAGUACAUACAGAACGCUUUCCAACUCGCGUUACCUAUCAUACAGAUUGGAGCCGUUUAAAUACAAAAUAUAUUUAUUUUACUUUUGUAUGUAUAAGAGUAUAAAAUUUUUAAUAUAAUAUCUGAAUGACGAAAAGAAGAAAUCCCAUACUACUUGUAUGUAUAAAGUUAUGUGACGUCAUUAUUUCGCGUGUCUCAUGUUAUUCUGCACGCGUUGUAUUAAUGUAAUUUUAUUCAGUAGCAAGGAUCGCUAUAUUUUUUCGCUUAUAAAGUAUCUAACCGUGUGUUUCUGAGUCUAUAACGUUUUAAACAUUACUAUCUCUGUUUUAUACUGAGUUUUAGGUGUCAGAAACCCACGGUUACCUGAGUUUCUCGCCCACGAAGCUCGACUGUAUAUAUUCUCUUAAAUCUCACGUGUUUUUUUUAUAUUUCUAACUGUUAUUAAUUCCCAUAAAAUAUUGUAUUAUUAGCAACUUUAUAAAAAAUUUGAAAUGAAAAAGACCACUGUUUGGUAUCCAUAUAAACUUUCAUUAUCUUGUAUUCGUGAUAUUGAUUGCAUUUAAUAUAAUAUGUUAAAUAUAAUAUUUGCUAGUACUAAAGGUAAUAAUGAGUUUUUACUGACGAAAAAUUAACAUAUACACCGUGUUAUUUCUUACUAAUAUUAUAAAUGCGAAUGUCUGGAUGGAUGAAUGUUUGAAGGUAUCUCCAGAAAUGCUAAAUCUUUGAUGAAAUUUGGCACACAUAUAGAACAUAGUCUGGAAUGGCAUAGGCUACUUAUUAAUGUUUUUUUUUUAAUUCCACGCAGACGGAGUCGCGGUCGACAACUAGUUUUGUAUAAUAACAAAAACUCAUGUUUUAUGAUGCAAGAUGUGUGCCAGGACUAUGUAUUUGAUAUGUCAUUAUGACAAUAAUUUUGCUUAAUUCUUUAAAUUUUUUUUUAUUUAAAUAAAUAGUCAUAAAAAACAUUUUCAACUCUGAUUUUUAUGCUACUAAAAUGUAUUACGUAUUUGUAUAAUA